ACUUCUUUUCGUUCAUUUUCAUUUAUAAAGUAUUGUGUUGUUUCAUAAUAUAAUCGGAAAAGUCUGAUCCCAAUAACUACCUCGUGUAACAGUAUUUAUAACAGUAUUCAUCGUGAAAAGAUUCUAUCGCGUUAAUAACCCUUUUCGUAGUAUCGCUUUUUGUCUCGUAUUCCUAGGUACAAAUAUCUAGUGACUUUCUUCACCCCACUCUCCAGCGGGAAAUUGACAGCACUUUCAAACAGACAAAUACCAAGGAUGAUGCUAUUAUAACAUUUAAGAAGAGAAACUCUACAAGUAUCGCCCAAUGGAGAUCUGCAUCGACUCCCUAGAAUCAGCAAGAAACGCUAUCGAGGGUGGUGCAACGAGGCUUGAAAUUUGUUCUCUCCUCUCCGAGGGUGGUUUAACACCCACUGCUGGAUUUUUAAACAAAAUUAAAAGCUUCUCGUCUAUCCCGCUCUUCGCUAUGCUUCGAGUACGUCCUGGAAACUUCGUGUACACGAGGGAAGAGAUGGAAGUCAUGCUACAAGAUUUAAAAGUAUUAAAAGAUUACGGUGCUGAUGGCUUCGUCUUUGGUGCAUUGACGACAGACGACGAAAUUGACGUGGAAUUUUGUAAAGACAUUCUUUCUGCUGCUCGACCAUUGCCAGUAACCUUUCACCGCGCUUUCGACCAGGUCAACGACCCCGUAAAGUCUCUACAAAUUUUAAUAAAUCUUGGUUUUGAGAGAAUUCUCACUUCCGGCCAAAGAGAUACCGCAGAUGAAGGAUUGGAAUUGAUACAGACGCUCAUUCAAGAGGCUCAGGACAAAAUCAUAGUGAUGCCAGGUUCUGGUAUCACUAAAGAGAAUAUUUCGAAAAUAAAGAGGGAGACUGGAGCAAAAGAGUUCCACGCGUCAGCUAAGAAAAAGCUAAUGACUGCAUAUGGUACGAAAAAAGUCGAAAUUGGUGACAGUAAACCAAUUAUUGGGAUAAAUUCUACGUACAUCAUGGUGACUGACAGAGAUUUGGUACAAGAAAUGGUUCAAAUCGUGUUAAAUAACGCACAAUGAUCAUAGUGAUAAGAUACUCGCUCUUAAAUUGGAGAAUUUCCUUGGACUCGCGAACCUGUUUCUUUAAUAACAGGUUUAAGAAUUCUUGACAAAAAAACAGCGAUAAGUAACGGACUAUAAUGUCCGAUUAUUCAUUGGUCGGUGCUAAAUGAUCAUUUGACAUUCUACUUUUUCUGACUAGCAGCUAUUUAAAAUCUUUUCUCUUUCUCAUUUUUUAUCG